GUGCUCGACUGACGCAGAUCGCUUCUCCGGCCUGUUCACAAGGAGUCUUCAAGGAUUUGCCUGAAAAAAUGGCGAAUAGCGCGAAUAACGUCCCACGCGAGCCGGAGCAGCUUCGCAAGCUGUUCAUUGGAGGUUUGAGCUUCGAGACCACAGAUGAAAGUCUGCGUGCUCAUUUUGAGCAAUGGGGUAGCCUUACAGACUGUGUGGUCAUGAGGGAUCCCACCAGUAAGAGGUCCAGGGGCUUUGGCUUUGUAACCUACUCAUCAGUGGAUGAAGUUGAUGCUGCCAUGUCUGCCCGCCCUCACAAGGUUGAUGGGAGAGUUGUUGAACCUAAAAGAGCCGUUUCCAGGGAGGAUUCAAACCGACCAGGUGCCCAUGUAACAGUGAAAAAGAUCUUUGUUGGGGGCAUCAAGGAAGAUACAGAGGAGUCACACCUGCGAGAUUAUUUCUCGCAGUUUGGAAAGCUCGAAGUCAUUGAUAUCAUGACUGACCGUAAUACGGGGAAGAAGAGGGGCUUUGCCUUUGUGACAUUUGAUGAUCACGAUUCAGUCGACAGGAUUGUCAUCCAGAAAUAUCACACAAUCAACUGCCAUAACUGUGAAGUGAGGAAGGCCCUCACCAGACAGGAGAUGCAGACUGCAGGCAUGGGAAUGAGAGCAGGCGGACGCAGUGGUGGAAGACCCUAUGACUACGAUAGAGGCUUCAAUCAAGGUGGCAGGGGCAGAUUUGAUGAUGGUCCCUUCAACUGCAACGGAGGUGGCGGUGGUGGCGGCUAUGGAGGUGGUCCCGGCGGUCCUGGUGGAUAUAAUAAUGGCGGCAGCAACCGAGGGUAUAACCAAUGUUACAACCAGGGUGGUGGAGGAGGCGGGGGCUAUGGUGGAAACGGUUAUGACAGCAACGGUUAUAGUAAUUGUGGUGGUGGCGGCGGCGGCAGUGGCAAUAACUACAACAUGGGCCAGUACGACCCCCACAACUCCAACUUUGGCCCAAUGAAGAACAACUUCAGUGGUGGUGGUGGUGGCGGCAGUGGUGGCAGGAGCUAUGGUGGCUACGGCGGUGGCUCCAACAGCGGUGGAGGAUAUGGUGGCCGUAUGGGACGAUUUUGAAAUGUGAACUGGACUGAGUACUUAGGAGAGGAGAGCAAGGAGAGGAGAGCAAGCGAAGUGACAGGGCAGCUGCAGGUUUACCUCCUAAAUCUGCUCAGCCAAACAGUUGUGGCAGGUUACAGCUGCUGCAAGAAGAGAUGUACAGUAGAUAAAUCACAGAGGGUCUUCAUUUAAACGUUUUGUGUUUUUUUUUUUUGUUUUUUUCCCCAUCUAAAUGUGUUUCUGGAAAGCAAGCAUUCCAAUGAGGUUUUUAUGUAGAUUUUUUUUCUGGUUUUUAUUUGUAACUGCAUCCAAUCAAGCUGAAAUAAACCAUCUUUCAGUUUUUUAAAA